AAGUCAAAUAUGUGAAUGACACACAAACACACGCACGGAACAAGAAGCGUUGGUUUGUUAGUAGUGUGUGUGUGUGUGUAUGGCGUGUGUAUUGCUUCGCUUCUCCUUCUCUUUCUCUUCAUGCUCUCUUUUCUUUGUCUCGGUCUAACACCAACAACACCCAAACCCAACAACGACAACAACAUUGGACGGUGCCCGGUCUAUCUUUACGUAGUUUUUCUGCCAACAAUCGAACCCCAUCUGGGGAUUUGGCCCCCAAAAGCCGCCACCUGAAUUCCCUCCCCAGAUCCAUAUCGGUUCUACGUCGAAUCCAACAGGGAUAGAACCACCGUGGUGUGCUGUGGUUCACUUGGCAGGAUUGGAAUGCAAAGUUAAUUAAUUUAUUCGUUAUCGUAGCGAUGGUGUCGAGCCAGGUGGUGAAAGUGAAGAGAGAUACGCUACGACCAUGCAUGACAUGCCCUCUCUGCCAUAACUUCUACAAAGAUGCCACCACCAUCUCUCUCUGCCUUCACACCUUUUGCAGGAAGUGCAUAUAUGAUAAACUAUCGGAUGAGGAGAUGGAUUGCUGUCCUGUGUGCAAGAUUGAUUUAGGCUGCCUUCCGGUUGAAAAGCUCAGGCCAGACCAUAAUUUGCAAGAUAUAAGGGCAAAAGUAUUCCCGUUUAAGAGAAAAAAGAUCAAGGCCCAGGAAGUUUUGUCUUCAAUAUCAUUGCCAACCAAAAGGAAAGAAAGAUCACUUUCAUCAUUGGUAGUCAGUGCCCCCAAAGUUUCAAUGCAACCCGGCUUUACAGGAAAGAGAACUAAAACCAGUACAAGAAAGGCUGCUGCUGCUUUACGUGGAUGCGGUUUUCUUCUUGAAUCCAUAAAGAAGGAAGAAACAAACGGUGAAGAUAAUACGGAUCCUUCAAUGGCCGAGCCUUCUAAAAAGCAUAAGCCUAAUGCAGAUAAAGAGAACAGUGUGGAACAUGCAGAAGGGAAGGUUGAUCUCUGGACACCCCUGAACUGUCUUGUUGAAGCUGCCAACCGAACAAAGUCCUCCAGGUCAAAUUCACAAGCAAUUCCUCUUGCCAAAUUAGAGUCCCCGGUUACUCCUCAUGGUGGACAAAAUAUACCUGAAAUUACAACCAAAACAGACCUACCAGCUUCUGUCCACAGUGAACUAAACAUUCCAAAAUCCAAAAAUAAGGAUACUGGACACAAAACAAUAUUUGGGGAUGACAAGGAUGCAAACAACUUGCCUUCAGGACCAGUGAAGAGAAGAAGGUUGCGUCCUGCUGGUCAGAAAAGAGUUGCAGCAUCUGAGAUGUCUUCCUCAUCCCCAGCUCCACUAAAUGCAACAGGGAGCAAGUGCAACAGAAAAAAUAGUCCUAUCUGGUUUUCAUUAGUUGCUUCAGAGGACCAGAAAGGAGAUAUUCCCUUGCCACAGAUCUCAGCAUGUUAUUUAAGAAUAAAGGAUGGUACUGUGCCCGUCUCAUUUAUUCAAAAGUACCUCGUGAAGAAACUUAAUCUUUCCAGUGAAGCAGAGGUGGAAAUAAUGUGCCGGGGUCAAGCAGUGCUUCCAUCAUUACAACUGCAUAAUUUAGUAGAUCUAUGGUUCCGGACAGCCUCAACCUCGAAAAGGAUACCAGCAUCAGUGGGGUCCUCAGCCAAAGAUUUUGUGAUGGUUUUAUCGUAUUGUCGAAAGACAUUGCCCCCUUGAACAUGUUCCCUGUUCUAUCUAUAUACAUUUUCCCCCGAUACUUUACAUACACAUUCAACUGUUUUGAUACCAUUCUCACCGACAUUACUGCCUAGAGAUUUGUUCAUUUAGACGAGGAAUAUGUAUGAUUUUGUUUUGCUAGUGACUGAGUAUGUGCAACCACCAAUUUCAUUACUUCUGUUCCA